UGAAAGCACCGCUUCAAAGAUUCACUAUAGUGAAUCGCUCCAUUUCAUUACAGAUAGCUGGAAGAACAGGUCGUUUUCGUUAACAGAGGAGACGAAAGACCAGGAAUCUAUUUCAAUAUAUUAUAUAAACCACACCAGAUAGGCUCUAAAUUCGAGAGGAAGACAUGUCAUCAGAGCUAAAUGUGCAAGCACUUACAGAAGAACUAGUCCCCGACGUAGGCUCAGAGGAAAUAGCCCAACAAAGCACAGUAGACCAGGAUACAUCUGUACGUGCAGAUGGAACCAAUUCAUCUAUUGUAGUGGAGGACAAUGUGCAAGAUUUGCAGGAAAAACUCCAACAGGCAUUAAGUAGGAAAGCUACUUUAGAAACCAGAGUUGUUCGGUUGAUGCAAAGUAAUGUGACAUUGAAGGCCACUGUUGAUGACAUGGAUCGUGAACUUAAUCAGCUUCGAGAACGACACAAAAUUCUUGAAGCCCAAUUAGCUCACAGAGAGAGUAUUGAUGAUGCAGCAGUAUUGCGGCAGGAGUUGGUGCAAGUGCAGCGUGUAAUGGAUGAAAUGAAUAGGGAAAGAGAGAGAGAGCGUGAUGAAUUGCAGGCAAAACUUACUCAGUUACAAGAAAAUGAAUGUGAUCAAAUGAUUGAAACACUGAGGUCGUCUCUUAAUAUAAAAGAGGAAGAAUGCAAGCAGCUCACCGAAACACUUACGGACAUGAGAACCAAAUAUGACAGUGUAAUGAGCAAAUUAGAAAAUAUGGAAAAAUCAAAUGAGUCUUUAAGAGAGGCAGGGAAGACAAUUGGUUCCCCGGGUCUUUUAGAGACCCAAGAUGCCUUGGUACAUGGAUUUAGCGAGAUUGGAACACAGUGUUCCCUGCAAGCUACUCCAGAAGAGAAGAGUGAAAGUUCUGCUGAAUCAGAACAAAACCAGAAGUUAAUUAAUCAGUUGAAUAUAAAAUCUGGGGAGGUGAAUAGAUUAACAAAAAUACAUGGAGAAAUAAGAUCAGAAUUGUCUAGAAAGGAUGAGGAUCUGACAAAAAUGAGGCGUGAAAUAGAAGAGGCAAAACAAAAUAUGAAUGCCUAUUCAAAAACAAUGGAUAAGCAACAAAAGGAAUUGCAUGAAAUGCUGAGUGAAGAAAAGAAAAUCAAUACCAAUUUGACUAAGGAACUGAAGAAAAUUUCUGAAGAGAAAUCCGACAUUGAGAAGAAAUGGCUAAACUGUCAGCGAGAUUAUGUAGCAGCCCAAAAUACUGUUACAGAUUUGCAACAGUCCUUGACAGAACUACAACACGAAUACCAAAAUGUGCAAUCAGAACAUGAACAACAACGUCAACAGUUACGUUCCACAAUUCAAGAGAAGAGUGAUUUGCUACAGAAACAAGAAGAUGCCGUCCAGAUCCUUGUCAGUGAGCGUGCAGAACUUACUCGACAACUUGAGUUGGUAGAAGCAAAGAAGCAACAAGAAAUGGACAAAGCAUCACAGAAAAUGGAAAAACUGCAAAAUGAACUUCAAGAAAAAAAGGAGAUACAAAAAGAUUUGGAGGCGUGUUUAUUAUCUGCAAACCAGAAGUCACAUUCUUUGGAAGAAAAAAUAAAUAAGCUGAAAGAAUCAUCAAAUGCUGCAAUAGAAGCAAAGAAUGAUGAGCUCAAAGGUCUCAGAUCAUCUUUAGAUGAAACAACUGGUGAAAAACUGGCUUUAGAAGCCCAACUAGAAGCAACUGGAAGUGAACACCAAAAAUUGUUAGAACGAUGCUAUGCUUCAACCAGUGAAAUAGAGACACUACAACAUACAGUCUCUGAACUGAGGCGCAAGUGGGAAGAAAGUGAAUCGGCACUUCAAGAGCUGGGUCGUGAGAAUGCUACUUUACAGCUUGAUAUUGAGAAGCUUCUCGCAAGGAAAUGGGCUGAAGAUGCUGACGUCACCAAGUGCACGUUGUGCCAUAGAGAAUUCACCAUGCUUCUGAGGAAACAUCAUUGCCGAAAUUGUGGACAGAUAUUCUGUAAUGAAUGUUCUUCCAAGACAGCUGCUGUUGUAAGCAACAAAAAGCCCGUUCGUGUUUGUGACUCUUGUUAUACUGAACUAAGAACGAACUAGAAUAAUUAUUUUUCUGAGUAAAAUAUCUUAAUUGCAGUUCAAUACCGCUGUGUGAUAUGUACAUGAAUGUCAUUAAAGUGAAAAGUGCAAGUUGUUUUUGUGACAUACCAGUCCGCUCGCUAGAUGUGAUGAACAAAAAUAUUCUCACACUGUGAUUAUAUACUAACAAGUCUACUGCGAGACCCAAAUGCAAACUAUAUUUUUGCAGGAUUGUAUGUAGCAUGCACAAACUACCCUGCAUAUUUGAAUGUUUGCACUGUUUAAGAAUUUGCACCAUGUGAGACCAUGCUGUGGGAGCGAUAAGAGUUGAAUUCACGUGUGUUCAGUAAGCGAAACAACCUGCACAAUCCUGUCAAGUGUUUUCUUACUCAGGUUCUAAAGUGAUUCAUAUUUGCAACUAAGAAAUGCCAUUAGAAAUCGUGAAGCCUAACAUUUCUUGUUGGUGUGCAGAUCAGGUUGUGUGCAAACAAUUUGACAGAAUGCGCAGUCAUUGAGUAGUAAGCAUUCAAUGUAAUAUGUUUUUGCACAUGAUUUCGUUUACUUCUGGCCAAACUUUUACCACCGAAAAAAAAAAAAAUUUGCCAUACAUUAACUUUAAAAUCGUAGUACCGUGAUAUAAAAUAAAAAUAUUAAAAUUCAGGGGCACAUCGCAUUUAAUAUUUUGCCCCAUUUCAUUAUUACGCAGAAGAAUAUAUAUUUUUCAAAUAUUGUUCUAAAAUUAAACGCUUUUAUAUAUAAGUGCAUUUAUAUGUAAUGUAUCUUUGAACUUCUUUUGCAAUAAUUUAUUUUGUAUUUAACUUGUAAUAUAUUAUAUACAUACUUCUUCCAGCAUUAUUAAUCCCAUGCCAUAGGUGGUAUGCUCGGCAAUUUGGAGAGAGGUGGCACGUACAGCGACAGAUUGGGCCUCUUGCAACGGCCCGCGCAGGAUGUAUGGAUGAAUGUAGAUGCUUCGUUGGAACGAGAGACAACAAAAACGGGAGUGCCCUGUUCGAUAAAACCGACUGUGUGUGUGUACUUAGUACUUUCAUAUCAUAAUGUAACUGGGAUAUACUCCACUGACCUGUGGUGAAAGGCAAACCUGUGGUGAAAUGUUCACCAUACUUACACACACAAGCAACACAUACA